ACUGCAUUGGCAGAUAUAUGUCCUUGGCGUCAAAUCUAUCUACCUUCUCUCUGUAAAAAAUUGUAACAAAUAUGUUUUUGUAUAAAAUAUAUUGGGCCUACCUAGCUAUGAGGGCACUGUAGGUAUAGUGCAUGGUGUGAUGUUGAGUAGAUAUAUAGAUAGGGAGAGAGUAAGAAGCAUCUCAUAUAUACCAAUGCAAAGCUAUUCUGGGAGCUGGGAUUAAGAGAAAAGAAAGGGUUAUAGUCUCUCAUAUACACAGAUCCCAAUGCAAUGCAAUGGAAUGGAAUGAAGUGGGUUCUCCUUAACUCAGACACAAUUCAUUCCUUUUGUUUAGUUUAAAGUCAUCAGUUUUGUAUUGUUUUGGGAACCCAUGAUGUUGUUGCAAUAGAACUCAACACACUUGGAAAUGAAGUGGAUCAACAGUGAUGGUAACAAUCAUAACGCCUGGUUGGGCUUCUCUCUCUCACCCCAUCACAUGAAAUUCGACCUUCCUAAUUCUUCUUCUUCUUCUUCUUCUACUUCGUCCUCCUCCUGCGGUGGGGAUCACAGUGCUGCCUUUCAUUCUCAGUUGAGCGUGAUGCCUCUCAAGUCAGACGGUUCACUUUGCAUCAUGGAAGCUCUCACUAGAUCACAUCAAACACAACAAGUGAUGGUUGGUAGUUCGUCUCCGAAGCUGGAAGACUUUCUGGGUGGUGCAAGCAUGGGAACACACGAAAGAGAGGCCAUUGACACCAUCUACUACCCUCCUCAUAGAGGCUUUCUCUCAGAGCCUUUGAGGCAUCCACCAUAUUACUCCCUUGGCUGCCAUGGCAUGUACCAAGCACCACCCCCAACAAUGCCCCACAUAGCAGAAGCAGCAGCAGAAGAAGAAGAAGAAGAAGAAGAAGGCAUUGAUGGAUUCAAGAAGUGGGUGGAGCAGCAGCAGCAGCAGCAGCAGCAGUCGCUGAGUCUGUCAAUGAGUCCAGGGUCGGAGUCAAGUUGUGUAACAGCUGCGAGGCAUGAGAAUGGGAAGAGUGAGUCGUCGGUGGUGGCAGUAACAGUAAUGGACAAUAGCAACAAGAAGAGAGGGCUAGCUAACAAGCAACCAGUUCACAGAAAAUCCAUUGACACUUUUGGUCAGAGAACUUCUCAGUAUCGAGGCGUCACCAGGCAUAGAUGGACUGGUAGAUACGAAGCACAUUUAUGGGAUAACACUUGCAAGAAGGAAGGCCAAACUAGGAAAGGAAGACAGGUGUAUUUGGGGGGUUAUGAUAUGGAACAAAAAGCUGCAAGAGCCUAUGAUCUUGCUGCCCUUAAGUACUGGGGACCUUCAACCCACAUCAAUUUUCCGUUGGAAAAUUACCAAGCGGAACUUGAGGAGAUGAAGAACAUGACCAGGCAGGAAUAUGUCGCUCACUUGAGAAGAAAAAGCAGUGGAUUUUCUAGGGGUGCUUCAAUAUACAGAGGGGUGACAAGACAUCAUCAACAUGGAAGAUGGCAAGCAAGGAUUGGCAGAGUUGCUGGGAACAAGGACCUUUACCUUGGGACAUUCAGCACUCAAGAGGAGGCAGCAGAAGCAUAUGAUGUAGCAGCAAUCAAGUUCCGUGGUUCCAAUGCAGUUACAAACUUUGACAUAUCAAGAUACGACGUGGAAAGAAUCAUGGGGAGUAACACUUUGCUUGCAGGGGAGCUAGCUAGGCGAAACAACAAAGAUACUGCUAUUGAACCACCAAGAUGGGAGGCCAUUGAAUACAACACGAAUGUGGAAGCAGUUCAAGCUAGAAACAACAACAAUGACAAUAAUAAUAAUAAUAAUAACAAUGAUGUUGAUUCCAACUGGAAGAUGGUUUCUGGUGGUGCUUUCUCUGUGGGGAUACAUGAUCUGAUUGGGAUUGAAGGGCAGCAUCAGCAUCAGCAUCAGCAUCAUCAGCAGCAGCCAUUGAUGGAGGCUUCUUCGCUUGUGACCAGCCUAAGCAGCUCAAGAGAGGCUAGCCCUGAUAAAAUAAUGGGUCCCUCGUCAAUGAUCUUUCCAAAACCUCUUCAACUUGAACCCAAGAUGGUUCUUAACAACCCCUUAACUAGUACUGGUGUUGUUGGAUCUUGGUUCCCUUCUCAAAUGAGGCCAGCUUCUGCUGCCAUCUCUUUGUCUCACUUGCCUGUUUUUGCUGCUUGGAACGAUACCUAGAAUGACAUAUUCCCUUCUCUUUCUUUGUUACAAUGUCACGUUUGCAUGUAGAAAAAGAAGGGUGGGGGCUGGAAUUACAAAAUUGUUAUUAUUGGGGACAAAAAGGUGGGGUUUCAAGCGAAUUUGAGGGAAUUAAUUAGUCUUAUUGUUGUUGUUAUUAUCUUAUUAUUAUAUUAAAUUAAUGUCAUCUUUAUGUACCAAAGUUGUAGCUUAGCAUAUAUGGCCUUUACAGUCAUAGCCUUUUGGCCAUAUUGAAGAUAUGCAUAUUUGGGAGGGAAAGGAGUUAAUUAAUUGAAGAAAAGGAAGUUACUAAUGAUUAAAAUUCUGUGAAAUGAUGUUUGGCAAUAUGGGAAUGGAAAAGAAGUGGGUUGGUGCAU